AUGUUUUUACUAAUCAUAUUCAUUGCAAUUAUCAUCUGCAUUUUGAUGCUAUUGUUACCAUAUUAUUCAGGUUUAACGUCAGUGAAAAUUGAAUCAAAUCAUCAUAAAUAUCAAACAAAGAAUAAGAAGAGAGAUAAUCAUGAACCUUCGAUUCUGGCCAAAAACAACAAUGAAUAUGGAUAUGUUUCACCAGACAGUUUUCUUAGUGGUGAAGAGAACAAAGAUGAGGGAUUUUUAAAACAUAGUGCAGCUGCUUUAAAGGAUAGGUUGAAGUUAAAUCAAGAAGACAUGCCUAUCAAAAUUCAAUUAAAUAAUGGUUUAUCAGAUCAUUCUGGAAAUAUUGAUGGUGAAUUAAGGAAAAGAAGAAAAGAGAAACUUGAUUUAAACACUGAUCCGAAUUCAUAUGAUUAUGAUUUAGACGAGUUAAUAAAAGAAGAAACAAAUUAUGCGAAAGAACAACAACAACGAGAAUUUUACAAGAAUCAAUUGUUUGGGGAAGAAAAAGAGGCAAUGAAUGAAGGCGUCAAAGAAAUUUUCAAAAUUCCAACAGAAAUUCCUAUAUUUGGUCAUUGGUUUGAAAUACAAUCUAAUCCUUCUUUUGUAUUUUAUUUUUGGUGGAGAAAAUAUAAUCAAUCAAUUUUUCAAAUUAAAGUUGGUUCAAAAAAAGUUAUUAUAGUUAAUUCAUAUGAGGAUGUAGCAAAUUUAUGGAUCAUGCACUCUUGUCAAAAUAAUUCACGUCCUAUGAGUUAUACAUUUCAUAAUGUUGUCAGUUCCUAUCAAAGCUAUACAAUUGGCACUACUCCUUUCAGCUUCACUUUUAAAACCAAAAGGAAGCAUUUGGGUUCAUUGUUGAAAAAAAAUUCGUUGGAGACUUUGUUACCUAUAAUUAAGAGUGAAAGUUGUUAUAUUGUGGGGCAAAUCGUCAAAGAUUUCAAAGAGGGUGAGUCGAUCAACUUAAGAAGUUACUUUCAAUUCUUCGUGUUAAGAUGUUGUAUACACAUGAGUUAUGGCUUAGUUUUAGAUUGUUUUGGGAAAGAUAAGGAGCUUUUCAUUAACAUUAUUCGAAAUGAAAGCGAAAUCAUAAGGUUGAGAUCACCGUUUUCAAAUAUUCAAGAUGCAAUACAAUUUUUAAGAUUCUUGCCCUUAGUGAACAAUACAGAAUUUGCCCGGGAGUGUUCAAUAAAAAGAGAGAAGUAUAUGACUUAUUUGUACAAAAGGUUAUUGGAGGGAAUGGAUCAAGGAAACGAGGAAUGCAUGAAUAGCUUAGUUGGGAGGUUAAUUCAGGGUAAAUGUAAGUAUGACUUAAUUGAUCAGGAAAUUAAUAGCAUUUGUUUAACCUUGGUAAGUGCAGGUUUAGAUAACACGCCCUUGACUUUGGAUUAUACUUUAGGAGCUUUAUCACAACCCAAGACUGGAUUAAUAUUACAAUCUAAAGCAAAGGAAUAUUUUAAAAAUGAAGACAACAGCUAUGGAUUACUCAGUUCCAAUAAUUAUGAAAAAAGCAAUUCUUAUAUUGUUGCAAUUCUUUUGGAAUCAUUGCGGCAUUUCACUGUACUACCAUUGGGAUUACCAAGAGAGACCACUAAACCAAUACAUUAUAAAAAUAUAUUAGUCCCUUCUGGCACGAUGCUUUUAAUGAACGCAUACGCCGCGAAUCAUGAUCCUACCUAUUUUCAUCAAUGCUUUCGAUAUAUACCUGAACGUUGGUUGGAUGAGGAAGGUAUGAUUAACUACAAAGCUAAAAAGUUUCAACAUUUUGCAUUUGGAGCAGGUUCUAGGAUGUGCAUCGGACAAAAUCUUGCAAUGAAUCAAAUGUAUGUUUUUUUAUCAAAAUUUUUGUUGGAAUUCGUAAUUGAACCACCAGAGGAAAAACAUUUAAUGGAAAUGAACCCCUUUAUCAGUAAUGCCAACGCUAAAGCCACAUCUUUCGAGCCUAGGUUUCACAAAGUGCGAUUGAAAAAGAGAUAUCAAAAAUAUGACUUCAUACAAACAGGAUGA